UCUUUAUUUCAUCUGGAAAAAUCGACGGAUCACAUCAUGAGUAAAGUGCAGGGCGGGAUGAAAUGCGUGAAAUAUCUGCUGUUUGUGUUCAAUUUCAUCUUCUGGUUGUCGGGCCUCCUGGUUUUGGCAGUGGGACUGUGGCUCAGGUUUGACCCAGGGACAGUGGAACUGCUCACUGGAGAUGGUGCCCCAGACACCUUCUUUAUAGCGGUGUACAUUCUUCUGGGAGCUGGAGGUCUCAUGAUGGUGGUCGGAUUCUUUGGAUGUUUUGGAGCUGUAAGGGAGUCGCAGUGUCUUCUAACUUCAUUUUUUGCAUGCCUUCUGAUCAUCUUUGGAGCGGAGAUUGCAGCUGGUGUGUUUGGUUUUAUCAACAAAAAACAGAUUGUUGAGGAAGUUCAGAAGUUUUACAGCAGCUCUAUCACUGACAACACCAAUGUGAAUGGCACAGCAAUAGCAAAGAUUUACCACAAAACACUGGACUGCUGUGGAGGCUCCACACCUGAUCUAUCUCUGUGUCCUGAAGAGGAAGCAGACAAGAAGGAUUGUCUAAUUGCAAUUACAGACUUCUUCAAUUCAAAGCUGCAUAUUAUUGGCUACAUUGGAAUUGGUAUAGCUGGAGUGAUGAUUAUUGGUAUGAUCUUCAGUAUGGUUCUCUGUUGUGCCAUAAGGAACAGUAGGGAGGUCAUAUAGGAGUGAUUUGAAAUGGCUGCAAAAGAUUGAGUUGCAUUUGACUGAUGGAUAAAAAGUACAUUUUGGACCAAAUAGGAAACAGUACACUUGAUUGUUGACAUUUAACAGAAGUACACCAGCACAAAACUGAUACAACUGUAAUUCUUUUACAUAAAACUUAUAUUAUUAUUUUUUUAUUUAUUUAUUUUUUUUACUUAAGCCCAGUUAGUGUCCUCUUGACACAUUCCUCAGUGUUCAGCAGCUUUCUGUCAAACUGCAGUGCCUCUCAACAUCUACAUGACACAACACACAAACCAAGCCUUUUUCGAACAAGAUGAAUGCUGAGACUUGUAAGUAAAAACUGUUAGAUGCUCUUACUUGCUACUUCAAAGCAAAUCAUAUAGGCCUUUUGUUAAUUAAACCAGAUUAAUGUGCUUGGUGUAAUGUUUUGAGGACUAGCCUCCUGUUGCAGAACAAACUGUGCCUGUUAAUUCACAAAGAUAUGCCUCCAGCUACUGCACUUUUAUCCUUUCUAUGUGAUUGUAUAUGUGCUUGUUCUGUCACCACUUAUUUACUGAAGCACAAAAUAAGUGUAGACUUAAUUUUCAAACCCAGACUUAGGGAGGGUAGGGUUUUAUGAUAAAACUGCCACUUUGUAAAUCAUGCAGGUAAUUUUUAAGUUAUGAGCUCAUGGGAGCAUGUGUACUGUACCAUGACACUUAUUCACCGUGUUUGAUUCUCUGUGGUGUACAUAUUGUUGGUGUGAUACAUUUAGUCAAGUAUAAAACAGUUAAAACACAUUUUAACUACAAUUAAAGUGUGGUGUUUUAACCAAUGUCAACUUAUUAGAUUUUUUUUCUGUAUUUUGUAAUACAAGUGAUUUUGGUGUCCUGAAGGUUAUGUAACAGCAGCAUUGCAGUCAGUUGUAUGCUUUUGUGCAGAGGGUUGUUUCAGAUCAAC